CCCAUAGUUCCCACUUGAAUUCAUUUUCUCUCCUCAGCUCAUAAACCCCGCCCUAAGCCACUUUUUUUUUUCUCUCUUUAUUUCCUUCAAAACCAAAGCCUUGCAAUAUGGAAUCAUGGACAGUACCCCUCAGCCCAGAGACAUCAAGUGAUGAAGAGAGAGAGAGAGAUGAUAAUUCUGGCUCUGCAAAACGAAGCUACGAGUGCACAUUCUGCAAGCGAGGCUUCACCAACGCUCAAGCCUUGGGAGGACACAUGAACAUUCACCGCAAGGAUAGAGCAAAGGCCAAGCAACUCUCGAACCAGUACCGCUCCAACGAGGACUGCAUAUCUAUGUCUGCUUCUCAGUUCAGUGCACCAGUUUACACUCAACCAGCUUCUGGGUACUACCCGGUUUUGGCUCAUCAUGAGCAUCAUGUGCAAAGGAACUAUCAUCAGAUGUAUUAUCAGCCAUCCGAGUCUAGUGCUAGGUAUUAUGGUUCCCUGGAUGAUGAUUCAAUGUCAUCACAGUCUUCUAUGAGUCAUCAUGUGAACCAAGAACUCUGGGGUGCCAAUUUGAGCUUGAGGUUCAGCCCAACUGGGCGAAUGGAGGAUGAUGAUUUCAGAAUGGGUGUGAGGAAUCAUGAAGAAGUUGAUUUGGAGCUUCGUCUAGGCCAUGGAGGAUUUUAGUGCAGCAUUAAGUUGGUGUAGACAUUGGGAUUUGCAGUAGUACCGAGGAAUUAACAGACUGAGCGACAGAGGUAUUCAAGAAGUUUUAAGUAUAUUUUCCUUUAAAUUCUGUAGGAUUAAGUAUAUUUAGAAGACAAGAGUGAUAUUCCUGGCUUGGUGCAUGUUAUAGAUGCAUUAGGAAAAGGGAAAAUAGUUUGUUAAGGAAGUAGUACUGUUUAAGUUAUUGUAAAGCUUAAUUAUUAACAAUCACGUACUAGUAUGUAUUUCUUGUAAUUUAUUUUAGUACGAACCAAUUUCCAGAAAUCUUCAUCUCCUAGUUUCUUUGUUCAGCUCUAUGUGAG